AUGAAGAUCAUUGUAUAUUUUUGCAUUUGGGCAGUAGCAUGGGCCAUUCCAGUUCCUCAAAUCAAGCCGUUGGAGAGACAUGCUGUUGACAAAACUGUGAAUUUAAAUCUUCUAGCAAAAUCAAAAGUGCCAAUACAGGAUGCAUUAAAUGCCAAUGAUACCACCAAAGAAAGUGCUGGCCUCAUGCAUGAAAAUGAACGAGGAAGGCAACAGGAUACCAAGGAUGGUUACAAAGGAGAUAGGAAUGGUUCUGAGUGGGCAGAGCUGGGAGGGAAAAGUUCUUCUACAGGUUCCACAUUAGUAAAUGAAAAGGGGAAUACAGAGGAUCUAAAGGGGGGCACAGGAAAACCAGAAACAUAUGAUCAUGAUGGGAUCCAAGGACAAGAAGAUAGCACCAGUGCAAACGGUCUCAGGGGACAAGUAAGCAUCAUCCAAGAUGCUGGAGCAGCAAAUGGGAGCCAUAUUGAUGGGAUUACUGAGAACAAUUCCCAAAAUGUGGGUGUUGAAAAUACAAGUCAAAGUGAGGACGCCACUGUUGUCCAGGAAGAUGGACAUCAAGUAGCUGGAAGCAGUAACAGUACAGGUCAGGAGGAUGAAAUCAAAGGGAAUAUCUGUAGAAACGGGGCUGACACAAGUGAAACAACACCUCAGAGAGAAGGCGAGAGAAAUGGGAAUGAGGAGGCAGGGGUAUUGCCAGUGGGAAGUGGAGCUGGCAACGGAGAAGAUGUUGGUUUGGAUAAUUUUGAAGGAAGUCCUAGUGGGAAUGGAGCAGAUGAAGGUGAAGACAAGGGCUCUGGUGAUGAUGGAGGUGAAGAAACAGGGAAUGGAGAAAAGGGUAGUGAUCCCAGCAAGGGCCAGGAGGGUCAGUCUCAUGGAGAAGAGGAUGAUGAGGACAAUAGCUUAGGUAAAAAUUCAGUUAGUAGUGAAGAUGAUGGCCCUGGGGACAAUGAAGACGCCCAUGUCAUUGGUGGAGACAACAUCUCCAAGAGUGAGGAAGAUUCUGCCGGUAUUCCAGAAGACAAUGAUAGCCAGAAAACAGAGGACACUCAGAAACCCAGUCACGGAGAGAACAAAGCUAUGGAAAAUAGAAUCACCGAAAAGUCAGAGCCACCUGCUAUUGGGAAGGGCCAAGAUAAGGGAAUGGAAAUGGAAAGUCCUAGCAGUGGGCACAGAAACAAUGUUACCAAAGAAGCUGGGAAAGUUAAUGAAGAUAAAGAGAGUAAAGGCCAGCAUGGGAUGAUUGUGGGCAAAGGAAAUGUCAAGACACGAGAGAUUGACAUUAUACAAGGAGCUGGCCAGAAACUGGAACCUGGAAAUAAGCUUGGACCCAGCAAAACACACAGUGACAGUAACAGUGAUGGAUAUGACAGUUACGAGUUUGAUGAUGAAUCCAUGCAAGGAGAUGACCCCAACAGCAGUGAUGAGUCUAAUGGCAGUGAUGAUGCCAAUUCUGAAGGUGAUAAUAAUCACGGUAGCCAAGGAGAUACUUCUUAUAACUCUGAUGAAUCAAAUGAUCAUGGCAAUGACAGUGGCUCAAAAGGAGAUGAUGAUGGUAGUGAUAACACAUCAGAUGCUAAUGACAGUGGUAGUGAUGGCAAUGGUAACAAUGGAGGUGAUGACAAUGGCAAAUCAGGCAACAGCAAAGAUAAAUCAGACAGCAGUGACAGCAGUGACAGUAGUGAAAGUGACAGUAAAUCAGACAGUGACAGCAGUGACAGUAAGUCAGACAGUGACAGCAGUGACAGCAGUGACAGCAGUGACAGUGACAGCAGUGACAGCAGCGAUAGUAGUGACAGUAGUGACAGUGACGGUAAAUCAGACAGUGACAGCAGCGACAGCAGUGACAGUAAAUCAGACAGUGACAGCAGUGACAGCAGUGACAGUAAAUCAGACAGUGACAGCAGUGACAGCAGUGACAGCAGCGAUAGUGACAGCAAAUCAGACAGUAGUGACAGUAGUGAAAGUGACAGUAAAUCAGACAGUGACAGUAGUGACAGCAGUGACAGCGACAGCAGUGACAGCAGUGACAGUGACAGCAGCGACAGUAGUGACAGUGACAGCAAAUCAGACAGUAGUGACAGUAGUGAAAGUGACAGUAAAUCAGACAGUGACAGUAGUGACAGCAGUGACAGUGACAGCAGUGACAGCAGUGACAGUGACAGCAGAGACAGCAGUGACAGUGACAGCAGCGACAGCAGCGAUAGUGACAGCAAAUCAGACAGUAGUGACAGUAGUGAAAGUGACAGUAAAUCAGACAGUGACAGUAGUGACAGCAGUGACAGUGACAGCAGUGACAGCAGUGACAGUGACAGCAGAGACAGCAGUGACAGUGACAGCAGCGACAGCAGCGAUAGUGACAGCAAAUCAGACAGUAGUGACAGUAGUGAAAGUGACAGUAAAUCAGACAGUGACAGUAGUGACAGCAGUGACAGCAACAGCAGUGACAGCAGUGACAGUGACAGCAAGUCAGACAGUAGUGACAGCAGUGACAGCAGCAAUAGUAGUGACAGCAGUGACAGCAGUGAUAGUGACAGCAGUGACAGCAGCGACAGUAGAGAUAGUGACAGUAAAUCCGACAGUGACAGUAGCGACAGCAGUGACAGUGACAGCAGCGACAGCAGUGACAGUGACAGAAGCAACAGCAGUGAUAGUGACAGCAGUGACAGCAGCGAUAGUGACAGCAAAUCAGACAGUGACAGUAGUGACAGCAGCGAUAGUAAUGACAGCAGUGACAGUGACAGCAGCGACAGCAGUGACAGUAGUGACAGUAGUGACAGCAGUGACAGUGACAGCAAGUCAGACAGUAGUGACAGCAGUGACAGCAGCAAUAGUAGUGACAGCAAAUCAGACAGUAGUGACAGCAGCGAUAGUGACAGUAAAUCAGACAGUGACAGCAGCGACAGUGACAGCAGUGACAGCAGUGACAGUGACAGUAAGUCAGACAGUGACAGCAGCGACAGUGACAGCAGUGACAGCAGUGACAGUGACAGCAGUGACAGUGACAGCAGUGACAGCAGUGACAGUGACAGUAAAUCAGACAGUGACAGCAGCGACAGUGACAGCAGUGACAGCAGUGACAGUGACAGUAAAUCAGACAGUGACAGCAGUGACAGUGACAGCAGUGACAGCAGUGACAGCAGCGAUAGUGACAGCAAAUCAGAUAGUGACAGCAGCGACAGCAGCGACAGCAGUGACAGCAGUGACAGCAGUGACAGCAGUGACAGCAGCGAUAGCAGCGAUAGUAGUGACAGCAGUGACAGCAGCGAUAGUAGUGACAGCAGUGACAGCAGUGACAGCAGUGACAGCAGUGACAGCAGCGAUAGCAGCGAUAGUAGUGACAGCAGCGAUAGCAGCGAUAGUAGUGACAGCAGUGACAGCAGCGAUAGUAGUGACAGCAGCGACAGCAGCGACAGCAGUGACAGCAGUGACAGCAGUGACAGCAGCGAUAGCAGCGAUAGUAGUGACAGCAGUGACAGCAGCGAUAGUAGUGACAGCAGCGAUAGCAGCGAUAGUAGUGACAGCAGUGACAGCAGCGAUAGUAGUGACAGCAGUGACAGCAGCGACAGCAGUGACAGCAAGAGCAAGUCUGGUAAUGGCAACAACAAUGGAGGUAGUAGUGACAGUGACAGUGACAGUGAAGGCAGUGACAGUAAUCACUCAACAAGUGAUGAUUAG